UUCGCGGCCGCUCUCUGCCGCGCCCCAAGCGGGAGAACUGGACUACCACUCCCCGUAGGCCACACGCGCGGGGGCCGGGGAAGCCGUCAGGGCCUCGAACAAAUCAAAUCGAAGGAAAGAAACUGCCGGCUUUCAAAAUCCUCCUCCUCCGCCAUCAUCCUCCGCCGUGCGGCGAGCAGGUGGUGUCGAGACGCGAGUGGGGAGAACCGUCAGGAGAACUGACGGGCGGGCUGGGCAUCGGGACCGCUGGACUCGGAGGCGGCGACUCCGACCUGCGCUGCCGGACCCCACGUCCUCGCCCCGGCGGAGUUCGCGCCUGCUCGGGUCUCCCCGCGCGGCGGCGCCGGCUGUUUACGUUUGCAGGUUUCUGGGGGAGCCCACCAGUGUGUCCAGCAUGGCCUCUGAAGACAUUGCCAAGUUGGCAGAGACGCUAGCCAAAACCCAGGUGGCUGGGGGACAGCUGAGUUUCAAGGGCAAGAGCCUCAAACUCAACACUGCAGAAGAUGCCAAGGAUGUGAUUAAAGAGAUUGAAGACUUUGAUGGCUUAGAGGCUCUGCGCCUGGAAGGCAACACGGUGGGCGUGGAAGCAGCCAGGGUGAUCGCCAAGGCCUUGGAGAAGAAGUCGGAGUUGAAGCGAUGCCACUGGAGCGACAUGUUCACAGGGCGGCUGCGGUCGGAGAUCCCACCAGCCCUGAUCUCACUAGGGGAGGGACUCAUCACCGCCGGGGCCCAGCUGGUGGAGUUGGACCUAAGUGACAAUGCAUUCGGGCCCGAUGGAGUUCGAGGCUUCGAGGCCCUGCUGAAGAGUUCCGCCUGCUUCACCCUGCACGAGCUCAAGCUCAACAACUGUGGCAUGGGCAUCGGUGGUGGCAAGAUCCUGGCGGCAGCUCUGACUGAGUGUUACCGGAAGUCCAGUGCCCAAGGCAAGCCGCUGGCCCUGCAGGUCUUCGUGGCUGGCAGAAACCGUCUGGAGAACGACGGAGCCACUGCCUUGGCAGAAGCCUUUGGGGUCAUAGGGACUCUGAAGGAGGUCCACAUGCCCCAGAAUGGGAUCAAUCACCCCGGCAUCACUGCCCUGGCCCAGGCUUUCGCCAUCAACCCCCUGCUGCGGGUCAUCAACCUGAACGACAACACCUUCACUGAGAAGGGCGCUGUGGCCAUGGCCAAGACCCUGAAGACCUUGCGGCAGGUGGAGGUGAUCAACUUCGGGGACUGCCUGGUGCGCUCCAAGGGCGCUGUUGCCAUUGCAGACGCCGUCCGCGGGGGCCUGCCCAAGCUGAAGGAGCUGAACUUGUCAUUCUGUGAAAUCAAGAGAGAUGCUGCUCUGUCCGUGGCUGAGGCUGUGGCAGACAAGGCCGAGCUGGAGAAGCUGGACCUCAAUGGCAACGCCCUGGGAGAAGAAGGCUGUGAGCAGCUCCAGGAGGUUCUGGACAGCUUCCACCUGGCCCAGGUGCUGGCAUCCCUCAGUGAUGAUGAGGGUGAGGAUGAGGAUGAAGAGGACGAGGAGGAGGAGGAAGGAGAAGAAGAGGAGGAAGAGGAGGAAGAUGAAGAGGAGGAAGAAGAAGAGGAAGAGGAGGAGGAGGAAGAGCCACAGCAGGGAGGGCAAGGAGAGGAGUCAUCCACACCCUCAAGGAAAAUUCUGGACCCUAACAGUGGGGACCCAGCUCCCGUGCUGUCCUCCCCGCCUCCCGCUGAUGUCUCCACCUUCCUGGCCUUCCCCUCCCCUGAGAAGCUGCUGCGCCUGGGGCCCAAGAGCUCCGUGCUGAUAGCCCAGCAGACCGACACCUCUGACCCGGAGAAGGUGGUCUCUGCCUUCCUGAAGGUGUCCUCUGUGUUCAAGGAUGAAGCCACAGUGAGGACGGCAGUACAGGACGCAGUAGACGCCCUGAUGAAGAAAGCCUUCAGCUCAUCCUCCUUCAACCCCAAUGUCUUCCUCACCAGGCUCCUCAUCCAUAUGGGUCUGCUCAAGAGUGAAGACAAGGUCAAGGCCAUUGCCAACCUGUACGGUCCCCUGAUGGCACUGAACCACAUGGUGCAACAGGACUACUUCCCCAAGGCCCUUGCUCCCCUGCUGCAGGCAUUCAUGACCAAGCCCAACGGCGCCCUGGAGGCCUGCUCCUUCGCACGCCACAGUCUGCUGCAGACGCUGUACAAGGUCUAGACCUGGACACGAGGCGGCCUCUCCUCGACCCUCAGCCUGGACCAGUGACGGGAAGGGACUCGGACGAAGGACUCUGGCCAGAGGCAGGGAGGGUCUUUGUUGCGUGUGUCGUGCUGGUCCGAGUAUGUGUGUCGGUGUGGUAUGCGUGCCAGUGUGUGCUUCCUGUCGGGGUCUGGGUGUUUAACGUCUCCCUGCUGGGCUGGCCCUGGUCCGCCGGAGGGGAGCUGGCCCAGGAGAAAGGGCUGUGAGCUGCGAGCUGCUCUGCCAUUAAAUUCACCGCCAUCUGAGGGCGCUCUGCUUGUCUGUGCCUCAGGCUCGGCCUGUGGCUGUUCCCACCACUUUGCCUUCCUUGCCCUCAGGCUGCACCAGCGCCUGGGGCGUUGCUGCCCACGUGCUGUCCUCCCUCUGGGCUGUGGCUCGGCUGCCUUUCUCACUGCCUGGGCCUCUGCUUCCUGUCACCAAGCCCGGGCCCUGCAGCCACCGCAGUCCCCACCGUCCAUCCCUGCUGUGCUGACCCUCCCGUGAGAGACGGAGACGGCUGUGGGUGGAGCCCCGGGGUGGUCAGCAGAGGGCCAGACCCUGGUGCCGUGCCAUGUGGACAAGACAAAAGCCAGUGGGCCGACACCAGAGGGUCCUGGAGUAGAAGAUGCCCCGACGGUGCUGGCUCUGGACUCCGAGGAGAUGUCAGUGACUGGCCUGGAGGGGCACCUGGAUAGGCCACACCUGUUCUCUAGCCUGGGGGGCGAGGGCGGGGGCGGGGGCCGGGCCCACUGCUGCCUGAGCUGUGUUACUGAGCUCUUAAAGGAAGGGGUGGGGCCAGGGGGCUGGACUGGCCAGCGAUGCCCUCAGCGUCCUGUGUUCCCUUCGUGCUCCGUGUCCGGGCUGUGCCUGAGGCUUCAUAAUAAAGUCGUGUGACAACAGUG